AUGAGUGAUAAUAUUGAACGUCGUUCUUUUCCUUCAAUUCUGCCGGCCAUAGAAACAUUACAGAGAAAUGUGCGCUCUGUACCUACGACCUAUGCCAGGAAACCUCGGGACAUACCAUUUCAUUUGCCGCAUAGAAAAUUACUAGAAAAAAUUGAAUUUGUCGAAAAAGAACCUGAACCUUUGACUGGAUUCUCUGCAGCCCAAGAAGAGAGAUAUGUUAAAGAGAAGAAAACCCCUAAGUUGCAACUGGAACCCAUUAAGUUUGAUGAAGCUAAGAAGAAAAAGACCCUUAAGAUAAGAGAGUCAAGAGGCAGUAUCGAAAUAGCCGAAAAGGAAGAAUACACCACGGAUCCCCUGAAGGUGAAGCCAGAAGUAGCGUCGCAGAAGGAAGUGAUAGAUUAUGUGAGACGCAACCCAAGCUGCGGUUUCCUCUAUAUGGUCUACGCGGUGGAUCCGCAGAACGUGUAUUUCACACCAUACUAUCUCAAGGUUGUGAAGUACGAGGAAUUGGACAAGAGGAACUACCUGACGAUCAGCCCCUGCGGCGUGACGCACUACACCAGUGAAAUGGUUUUCACGACGCUAGCUGACUGGGAGCAGGAGUACACUAUUUUCGUGAAGCUUACUAAUAUAAAGUUCUUCAAGGUGUACAGAUACUGGAAGGCGCUGUACGUGUGGCGCAAGUCGCUGGUGUUUCGCAAGUACAGCCGCUUGCGCAGUAAGCUUGCCAGACAGCUGUUCGUGCUCACGCCUCCGCUCGGCCGCGCGUUGCUUACGCUGCAGGCCAUGUGCUGCCAGAUGCUAACCCUCUCGUUCGCGGACCUCUCCCGCGACAUGGACACCCCCUUUUUCUAUUUUAUAGAAGCUCAGAUGCAACGGCUGGAGCAUUGCGUGGUGAGGUUGCGCGAGUUCCGCGCGCUGUCGCUGGAGGCGCUGACGGCGGCGGCGCACGCGGCGUUACUGCGGCGCGGCUUUGUCUUCGACGACCGCAACGUGCCGCCGCCGCAGAUGCUGCGCGGACGCCUCGUGGGCGGCAUGACCUACACACAGAAGGCCGACAAGAGGAAGUACUGCGAGCGCCUGGCAUGCUUCAUCAAGCUGGCCGACUACAUGACGAACUACAUGCUGCACGGGCUGACGCAGCGUUCGAACGCGAUGAUGGCGGGCCUGCUGCGGACCCACGCUGCCUUCACUCCUGGUCCUGAGCUGCUGGGAGGCACGGUCUACGACGAGGUUCUCGAAGUGCUGCCCAGACCCACCGACACUUGCAAGUGGGCGUUGUUUCAAGUGGACGCCUACGUUUUACCGAAUGGAGAGGUGGAAUUGAACCCCAGCGAAAAGGUGAUAUCGGAAUACAUCGAGAAAAUCACCAAUUACUGGGACGAGCACGUGCGCACCUUCCACAACUUCCUCAACGACGAGUCGCUGCAGAUCUUCGUACAGCCCACCAUCAUGGGCAAGCAAGUGGAGUGGUCCGCCGGCACGUCACCCAACCUGUACUUCCUCAUGAACCAGGACAAAGAGAUGCUGGAAGACAUAACCUACAUACCGAACGCUAUCAAACAAGCUUUCGAAUGUACGGCUUUAUUCCUCCAGAGGAUGAAUUCCUUCAUGAUUGACUUUAAAGAAGCUAACGAGAUGGAUGUGGAACAGAUUAGAAAGGAGAGAGAUGUGGUCGCUUUCAAAACGCUCUGCGAUAAUUUAGUGAAGCAGAUGGAUUCGAUCGAGGAGGUAGUGAGCUUCCAGCCUCUCGGGAUCAUUUUCCUCAACCUCAGCCCCUUCCAGGAGCUGUUCCGACCGCAGCCGAGGCGGCUUUUCGAUGUGGUGCAGAAUACGACUCCGGACAUAGGGCGAUGGUGCAUCGACGAGAUUCUAGAGGGCAUAGAGAGCAUCUCUUUGGAUAUUGGUCGCGAACCAGAGUCUGCGGGCGAGGUGGUGGCCUACAACAGUCUGCUGGACGGCCUGGAGGGCCGUGUGGCCACGCUGGAGGAGCGCCUGGAGUACCUGCGGGAACUUUACGACCUCAUGGCGGAGUUCAAUAUUCCCGUACCACCUGACGACAUGAACGAAUACUUAGGUCUGAGCGUGUCGCUGGGCGCACUGCGGACGAGCGUGGACGCGCGGCUGGAGACGCGCGGAAAGCUCGCCACGCAGUUCGCCGCGCACGUGCAGCGCGACCUCACGAACCUCGUGCUUCGGGUUAACGAGCUGCGUGACCUCGUCGCGCAACCGUGGUUGUACGACGAAACAUCGGAUGUGGUUAAGGUCCAGGAGACUUUAGACGAUCUGAUGGAGAAGCUGAUGGAAUGCUCCGCCACAGACAAGCAGAUACGUGAAUGGCAAAAGAUAUUUAAAAUACCGCCGUCGCGUCUGGACCAGCUAGACGAAGCUAUUAAUGACGUUAAGCUGAGGCAAAUGCUUUGGAAGUCCUCUAGAGAGUGGAACGAGCUCUACCAGAGCUGGUACGAGGUUCCCUUCAAUACUUUGGAUCCCGACGAGAUCCAGGCGGCUGCGAUUAACUACGGCAAGCAGUUCAACCAGUUGGACAAAGCCAUACCACCGAACAAGAUCGUGCCGAAGUGCAAAGCUACCGUCGACAUUAUCAAGGAAAAGGUGGCGGUGAUCUCGUACCUGCGGAGCCCGGCUCUAAAGCCGCGGCACUGGAUACGUGUGGAGGAGGUUCUAAACACUCGCCUGGUGCCUGGCGCCGAGCUCACGCUGACCACGCUCGAACAGCUCGGCGCCUUCCAGCACGCAGACCAACUUAUGGAGAUCGCCGCGCAGGCCAGCUCUGAGGCUGGUCUCGAGGCGCUGCUUAAGAAGGUGGAGGAAAUGUGGGCGUCGCUGGAGUUCCCAGUGGUGGCGCACAAGGAUGCACGUGAUGUGUACAUCCUGGGCGGGCUGGAUGAGGUGCAGGCGGCGCUGGACGAGAGCGGGCUGCACGUGGCCACUAUCCUCAGCUCGCGCAACUGCGGCCCGCUGCGCAGCCGCGUCGACGAGUGGGCCCGCAACCUCGACCUCUUUGCCAAGACCCUCGAGGAGUGGCAGACGUGCCAACAGACCUGGAUGUACCUGGAGGCGAUAUUCAGUGCGCCGGACAUUCAGCGCCAGCUUCCCAAUGAGACCCGUCUCUUCAAUAUCGUUGACAAGUCCUGGAAGGACAUCAUGCGCAAGCUCGCUAAGGUGCCACUGGCGAUGCCGGCUGCCACUCAACCGAAACUCUACGAGGAGUUCGUGCGCAACAAUGAGAUGCUAGAUCAAAUCAUGAAGUGCCUCGAAGCCUACCUGGAAACCAAGCGCGUCGCCUUCCCGCGCUUCUUCUUCCUGUCCAACGAUGAACUGCUGGAGAUCUUGGCACAGACACGCAACCCCCACGCGGUGCAGCCACACCUGCGCAAGUGCUUCGAUGCGAUCGCGAAGCUGGAGUUUGGUGUGCGGCUGCCGGCCAGCGAGAUGGUGGUGACGGAGGAUGGUUCGCUGGUGGAGCGCGAGAUGUCGCCGCGAGAGCGUGACCGCCUGCAGGCUGCGCUCGCAGCCACCGCACGCCCCGACGAUCUCACCACAGACAUCAUCGCCAUGCUCUCGCCGGAGGGCGAGCGAGUCACGCUCGGCAAGGGUCUGAAGGCACGCGGCAACGUGGAGGAGUGGCUGAGCAAAGUGGAAGCGGCUAUGUUCGCGUCCGUCAAGCGCUGCAUGAAGCUGGCGCUGCGUGACUACCUGGAGCGCCCGAGACCCACCUGGUCAGCACUUCACCCCAACCAGGUGGUGCUAACAGUGUCCCAGAUAAUGUGGGCGAGGGGCGUCCACGAGGUGCUUGGCGGCGUGGAUCCCGUGUCGGGGCUGGCGGAGUUCGAGCGGCGCAGCGUGGGCGCGCUAAACGCACUGGCGGCGCUGACGCGGCAGCCACUGGGCGCGCUGUUCCGCCGCGUACUGUGUGCGCUUAUCACCGUAGACGUGCAUGCUCGCGACACCGUCGCCAACAUGCGCGCCAAACACGUGCGCAGCGCUUCGGAUUUCGAGUGGCUGAAGAUGAUUCGGUACUACUGGGAGGAGGACAUCGACAACUGCGUAGCGCGCAUGUCCAACGCCAGCUACGUGUACGGACACGAGUACCUCGGUGCCGGAGGCGUGCUGGUAAUCACGCCACUGACAGACCGCUGCUACCUGUGCCUGAUGGGCGCGCUGCAGUUGGACCUGGGCGGCGCACCAGCGGGGCCUGCCGGCACCGGCAAGACAGAGACCACCAAGGACCUCGCCAAGUCCCUCGCCAUACAGUGUGUCGUCUUCAACUGCUCUGAAGGGUUGGAUUAUAAGAUGAUGGGUCGGUUCUUCUCGGGGCUGGCCACGUCUGGAGCGUGGUGCUGCUUCGACGAGUUCAACCGCAUCGAUAUCGAGGUGCUGUCCGUCAUAGCGCAGCAGCUCAUCACAAUCCGCAACGCCAAAGUGGCCAGGCUCUCCAGGUUCAUGUUCGAGGGCCGCGAGAUAAAGCUGGUGCGCACGUGCGCGGCGUUCAUCACCAUGAACCCGGGCUACGCGGGCCGCACCGAGCUGCCUGAUAACCUUAAGGCACUCUUCCGGCCCAUCUCCAUGAUGGUGCCCGAUUACGCGCUGAUCGCGGAAGUCAUUCUGUACUCGGAGGGCUUCGAGUCGUCCAAGGUGCUGGCGCGCAAGAUGGUGCUAAUGUACAAGCUGUCUAGCGAACAGCUCUCCAAGCAGGACCACUACGACUUCGGAAUGCGCGCCGUUAAGAGCGUGCUGGUGAUGGCUGGUGCAUUGAAGCGUGCUAACCCUGAUCAGCAAGAGGAACUGACGCUGCUCUGCGCGCUAAACGACAGCAACCUGCCCAAGUUCCUGGCAGCUGACGCGCUACUCUUCGCCGGCAUUCUCUCCGACCUCUUCCCCGGACUGGAGCUGCCCAUUAGAGACUAUGGUGUUAUGGAGGAAGCCAUCAAGAGCGUUCUCUUGGAGCGCAACUUGCAGGUGGAAGAGUGCCAGGUGCGAAAGGUGAUCCAGCUGCACGAAACCAUGAUUGUGCGCUGGGGCGUCAUGCUCGUGGGCCCCACCGGCGGCGGCAAGACUACAGUGCUGCAUGUGCUGGGCGACACGUACACGCAGCUGCACAGUCGCGGUGUCGAGGGCCCGCAGUACCGCGCGGUUAACACGUACACGCUGAACCCCAAGAGUCUGAGCAUCGGCGAACUGUACGGCGAGGUGGAGCUGGCGACGCUGGAGUGGCACGACGGCGUGCUGCCGCUCGGGCUCCGGGCAGCCGUGCAGAGCGGCACCGAAGAGCACCAGUGGAUCGUGUGCGACGGGCCCGUGGACGCCGUCUGGAUCGAGAACAUGAACACCGUGCUCGACGACAACAAGAUGCUCUGCCUCGCCAACUCGGAGCGCAUCAAGCUCACGCCCCACGUGCACAUGGUGUUCGAGGUGGGCGAUCUAGCGCAGGCGUCCCCGGCGACGGUAUCACGCUGCGGCAUGGUGUACGUGGACCCGCACGAGCUCGGCGUGCUGCCGUACGCUCGCUCCUGGCUGCACUCUGCCACCACGCAGGGACUCUGCUCCCUGGACUCGGCGGACUUUCUGCGCGACAUGUUCCUGCUGCUGCCGGACGGCCUUGACUAUGUCAACAACAACUGCACCUUCGGAAUACAUCAGGUGGAGUCGAGCAAGGUGGCGGCGAUGUGCCGUCUGCUGGGCAGCUUGCUGGCCGAGCCGGGCGAACGGCUGGUGGAGCGCGCGGCGCUGCGCACCUACCUGGCGCUCUGCUUCCUCUUCAGCUACGUCUGGGCCGUGGGGGGAAACCUGAUUCACGAGCACCGCAGAACCUUCGAGCAGUUUGUCAAGAGACAGUUCGAGCAGUUUGAAGAAGGCGAAUACUGUCCGCAGGGCGUGAACCUGCUGGAGGUAUUCGUGGACACGAAGGCGAGGCGGGCGAGACCCUGGGCGGAAGCGACGCCGCACUUCGUGUACAAUCCUGAACGCGCGUUCUUCGACACGCUGGUGCCCACUGAGGACACCACGCGUCACUCCCACCUGCUGCACCGUUGGCUUGCUGCCACACAGCCGGUACUGCUCACUGGAGAUACCGGCGUGGGAAAAACGUGCAUCGUACUGGAGGUGCUACAGCAGAUGGGCGCAACGGGAGGCUGCACGCCGCUCACGCUCAACUUCUCCGCACAGACCGGCAGCCGUAGCACGCAGGAGAGCGUCGAGCGGCGGCUGGAGCGUCGCGGGCGCACGGCUCUGGGUGCUGCGGGCGGGCGCCGGCUACUGCUGUUCGUGGACGACGUCAACCUGCCGCGACCAGACCAAUAUGGCUCGCAGCCAGUCGUCGAGUUGCUCAGACAGCUGGUGGAGUGCGGCGGGUGGUACGAGCGCGACAAGCUGCAGUGGCGGCGCGUGCUGGACGUGGUGGCGCUGUGCGCGUGCGCGCCGCCCGGCGGCGGCCGCAGCCCGCUCAGCCCGCGCUUCAUGCGCCACUUCGCAAUGCUGCACCUCGCACCACCAGACACGCACAACAUGAACACCAUAUUCAAGGCGAUCCUGUGCGGGCACCUGGAGGACUUCGUAGGUGAAGUGCAGUCGCUGGGCGAGGCGCUGGUGCGCGCGUGCGUGUCGGUGUACGAACGCGUGCGCGGCGCGCUGCGGCCGACGCCUGCGCGCGCGCACUACGCGUUCAACCUGCGCGACCUCUCCAAGUGCGUGCAGGGCGCGCUGCAGGCGCACGCGGCGUACGUGCGGCUGCCACGAGACAUGCUCAGAUUGUUCUAUCAUGAAUGCUUGCGCGUGUUCCACGACCGCCUCAUCUGCGUAGAAGAUAAAACCUACUUCUAUAGACUUAUGCACGAAGUAUGCGAAAAACACUUCCAAACGCCAGUGCUGGAAUUGCCGGACGGUGAACUCAUCGAGCAGCCUCCGGUGUUGUUGUUUGGAGAUUUUAUGAAUCCUUCUUUACCCAAGGAGAAUCGGGUUUAUCAGGAGAUACCAGAUAUAGAAAAACUUAUGGCAGUACUCAAGGAAUACCUGGAGGAGUACAACGAAACGGCGCGCGCGGAAAUGCGACUGGUGGUGUUUCGCGAGAUGGCGGAGCAUGCGGUGCGUGUAGCGCGCGUGCUGCGUGCAGAGCGCGGGCACGCGCUGCUCGUGGGGCCGGCGGGCACCGGCCGCCGCAGCGUCGCCACGCUCGCGGCGCAUCUCAACGACUGCAAAUGUAUGGGGAUGGAGCUGAAGCGUAACUACGGUGUCCCAGAAUUCCACGAGGACCUGGUGAAGAUGUACAUGAGUGCAGGCGUGGCGCUGCGGGACACCGUGUUCCUGUGUACCGACACUCAGCUCUCACGUGAUGAUUUCCUGGAGGAUAUCAACAACAUGCUUAACUCCGGUGAGGUGAGCAACCUGUUUGAGGGGGAGCCGCUGGAGCAGGUGGUGGCUGCGUGCAGUGCGGAGGCUACGCGCGCCGGCCUCAACUCCUCCGACCGUGACGCGGUUUACCGCUUCUUCGUCUCGCGCGCGCGCGCCCGCCUGCAUCUCGCCAUCUGCAUGAGCCCUGUUGGUGACGGCUUCAGGCGUCGGUGCCGCAUGUUCCCGUCCCUGGUGAACUGCUGCACGAUCGACUGGUUCACAAAGUGGCCGCCCGAAGCUCUGCUGUCGGUGGCGCGUCAGAGCCUAGCACCACUUGAAGAUUCUGCUCUCAUCGAGAACAUCGCCACUGUCUGCGUCGCCAUGCAUCAGGACGUGGACGUGAUGUCGGAGCGGCUGUUCGCGGAGUUGCGGCGCCACUUCUACUCCACGCCUAGCAGCUACCUGGACCUCCUCCAGCUAUACUUGUCCUUACUCGACACCAAGCGCCAAGAGAUCAUCUGCGGACGUGACCGCAUCUCCUGCGGACUGGAGAAGCUGUUGGGCGCGUUCUCGUCGGUGGGCGUGAUGGAAUUGGCAGUGCGCGAGAUGGAACCGCUGCUGGCGCGCAAAGCGAGCGAGGGCGCGGCGCUCGCGGCGCGCCUGCGUGACGAGCAGCGCGCCGCCGACCUCGUGCGCAACGCGCUGCUCGCCGAUGAGGCGGCCGCCAAGACAAAAGCUGAUGAGGUGAAGCAAAUCGCAGAAGAAGCUAAAGCAGAUCUCGCUCUGGCGAUGCCAGCGAUGGAGGCUGCGCAGGAAGCUCUCAAGGCGCUCAACAAGAGCGACAUCAACGAGCUCAAGGCCUUCCAGAAGCCACCGACACUCGUCCGCUUCGUCAUGGAGCCCGUCUGCAUCCUGCUCGGCGCCAAACCAGAUUGGGAUUCAACGAAGAAACUUUUGGCAGACGUGAACUUCAUACGCAACCUGCAGGAGUACGACAAGGACCACAUACCUGACGCCACGCUGAAAAAGAUCAAGACCUACCUCACUCACAAGGACUUUAACCCCGACACCGUCGUCAAAGUCUCCAAGGUGUGCCGCUCCAUGGUGCUGUGGGUGCAGGCCAUCGACAUGUACGCCAAGGUGUUUAGAGUCGUGGAGCCCAAAAUCAUCAAACACAAAGAGGCAGCAGCCGUGCUGAAGAGCGUGAUGGCGGAGCUGCGCGGCAAGCAGAAACAAGUGGAGGCCAUCGAGGCGCAGCUCGCCGCCAUGAUUGAGGAGUUGCGGACAGUGGAAGCUGAACGCGACCGACUACAAGCGGACGUUCAGCUAGCAGCUGCAAGGCUCGCGCGCGCCGCCAGCCUCACGCAGGCGCUCGCCGACGAGCAGGCGCGCUGGGAGACCAGCGUGCAGGAGGCGUCGGUGCAGCUGGAGUGCGCGACGGGCGACGUGCUGGUGGCGGCCGGCUGCGUGGCGUACUUUGGCGCGUUCCCCGCGCACUAUCGCAGCGAGUUGCAGCACAAGUGGGUGCAACACUGCGCGCAGCUGCGCAUCCCCGCCUCCGAACACUUCGAGCUGGUGUCGGUGGCGGCGGGCGCGGCGGCCGCUCGCGCGUGGCAGGCGCAGGGGCUGCCGCGCGACGCCGCCUCCGCGCAGAACGCCGCGCUCGUGUGCCGCGCCGCGCGCCGCCCGCUCGCCAUCGACCCGCAGCAACAGGCAAACCGCUGGAUAAAGAACAUGGAGCGCGAGAACGGGCUGCAGGUGGCCAAGCCCACGGACCCAGCGCUGUUGCGUCUGCUGGAGAGCUGCGUGCGACUUGGCUGGCCGCUUCUGCUCGAGGACCUUGGCGAGCAGCUCGACACCGCGCUUUCGCCAGUGCUACUCAAGCAGACCUUCAUGCAGGCUGGGCGCCUCCUGAUCCACCUCGGAGACAGCGACAUCGAAUACGAUCCCAGCUUCCGACUAUACAUGACCACGAAACUCGCCAACCCGCACUACCUGCCUGAGGUGUGCAUUCAGGUCACUUUGGUCAACUUUACCGUCACCCAAUCCGGCUUGGAGGACCAGUUGCUGGCGGAUGUGGUGCGGCUGGAGCGUCCCGAGCUGGAGAAGCAGCGCACAGAGCUGACACAGCGCAUCGAGGCCGACCGUGCCUCACUCCUCGAUAUUGAGGACCGGAUCCUGCGCCUGUUGGAGGCCUCCACAGGGAACAUCCUCGAUGACGAAGAACUCAUCGAGACGCUCAACGAGAGCAAGGAGACAUCGGAGAUCAUCAGCGCGCGGCUGCGCGACGCGGAGGUGACGGAGCGCGACAUCGGCGCGGCGCGCGAACGGUACCGCGGCGCGGCCGAGCGCGGCGCGCUGCUCUACUUCGCAAUCGCUCAGCUCGCCGACCUCGACCCCAUGUACCAGUUCUCGCUCGCCUACUUCAGCCAGGUGUUCAACCGUGUGGUGGAGACGACGCCUGCGCAGGCGAGCGUGGAGGCGCGCGUGGAGGCGCUGGUGCGCGGCGCGACGCUCGCCACGCAGCGCGGCGUCGCGCGCGCGCUGUUCGCGCGCCACCGCCUCGCGCUGUCACUGCUGCUGGCCGCCGCGGUCGCGCUGCACGCCAACACGCUGCCGCACCACCACUGGCGCUUCCUACUGCUGCCACCGCCACCCACCGCGACUCUGCCGAAGAAACCGGACGUGGAAACAAUGACGGAACAGAUGUGGCUGUGCGUACAAUACCUGCACAGUAACGAGCCAGCGUUUGAAGGACUCGCCGACGAUUGUCUCAAGCGGAUCCCUAUCACCCUCGGCUCCUUCAGUGCGGAUAUUCACGUGGACAAGAGCGAUACAAGGAGCGCAAAUGUAAACUGGGAUCAGAGGUUGUCGCCGUUCGAGAAACUGAUGCUGCUAAAAAGUUUGAUGGAAGAAAAGCUGGUAUACGCGAUCACGCAGUACGUGGUGCUGAGCCUGGGACCCGAAUUCGUGGAGACACCGCCUGUACAAAUACCCACGCUAUAUGCAGACACAACAUCCACAACACCGCUAGUAUUCGUUUUAAGCACCGGUUCCGACCCAUUUGGAGCAUUUCAGAAGUUCUCUACCGACAUGGGCAUGCGAGACCGUGUUCAUUCCAUUUCCCUAGGACAAGGUCAGGGCCCUGUUGCUGAGCGAAUGAUUAGCAACGCUAAGCCCAAAGGAGAUUGGGUGUUCUUGCAAAACUGCCACCUAGCAGCAUCUUGGAUGACGAACCUGGAGAUUAUUGUAGCCAAUCUCAGCAACGAACACGGUGACCCACAUCAAGAUUUUCGGCUUUUUUUGAGCUCUAUGCCGACGCCGAAAUUCCCUGUCUCCGUGCUACAGAAUUCAGUUAAAGUUACCAACGAGCCGCCAAAAGGCUUGAAAGCCAACGUUAAGAAAGCACUAAUCGAUAUGGAUGAGGACUUUUACGAAAAUCAUGUACUAGAGCAAGACUGGCGUACUUUACUCUUCGGCAUCUGUAUGUUUCACGCUAUCGUUCAAGAGCGCAAGAAAUUUGGACCACUUGGCUGGAAUAUCUCGUACGAGUUUAACGAUAGCGAUCGCGAAUGUGCAAUGCUUACGCUACAGAUGUUUUGCGAGAAAGGAGAUAUUCCGUGGGACGCACUAGAAUACAUCACUAGUGAGAUUACGUACGGCGGCCGUGUGACGGACAUGUGGGACCAGCGCUGCUUGGCGGCGGCGUUAAAGCGCGUGGUGUCACGUGAGGCUCUGCUCGAGGGGCACACGUACUCUCCAUGCGGCCGCUACCGCACCCCCUGCACCCCCCGCCUCGUAGACGCGCGCCUCCACGUCGACUCGUUGCCCGACAACGAGCCCCCCGAGCUCUUCGGCAUGCACGAUAACGCCAACAUCGCCUACGAGAGAAAGGAGACGAGUGCGCUGCUGCAGACGUUAGCGGACGUCCAGCCCCGGUCCGCCGCUGCUGGUGGGGAGUCCCCGGACCAGAUAGUGUGGCGCAUCUGCGAGACCACGCGUGCCUCUGUUGCCAAACACCUGGAUAAGUCGGUGACGCACGAGUCGGUGUGGGCGGUGGACGAGCGCGGGCAGCCGCACUCGCUAGCCACGGCGCUGCGCCACGAGGCCGAGCGCUACGACGCGCUGCUGGCGCUGCUGCACGCCUCUCUACAAAACCUGCAGCAGGCCAUCAAGGGGGAGGUGGUGAUGUCGGAGUCGCUGGAGGAGGUGUACGGCGCGCUGGCGGCGGGGCGGGUGCCGGCGCUGUGGCACGCGCGCGCCUACAACUCGCUCAAGUCGCUGGGCGGCUGGCUACGAGACCUCUCUCUGCGAGUGCACUUCAUAGAGGAGUGGUGGAAACACGGGCGAGCUGCCAGCAGCUGGCUGCCGGGGCUGUUCUUCCCGCAGGCGCUGCUGACGGGCGCGCUGCAGGCGCACGCGCGCCACCAUCUGCUGCCCAUCGACGAGCUCACCUUCCGCUUCCACGUCACCGGCGUCUUCGUCUCCCAGGACCAAGUCUACGCCAACAGCAAGAGCAACAAGGUACGUAGCGCGCUUACCGACCAACGUCAUAAGCCACAAGUAAACAGAGCACCACGAAUGUUGACUACAGCAUAG